CUGCUAGCGACCGGCGACCUCUACCACGGAACGUUACAGUGGCGGCUGCUAGCGACCGGCGACCUCUACCACGGAACGUUACAGUGGCGGCUGCUAGCGACCGGCGACCUCUACCACGGAACGUUACAGUGGCGGCUGCUAGCGACCGGCGACCUCUACCACGGAACGUUAAUAGAGGUUGCUAGCUGCGGGCCCGUGUGUGACCCUCCACCGACGGGAUCAGUGCGACUCUCGACCUUAUAUCGUGCGCUGGAGUGCUAUUAUCCCUCGCGCGACCUCCGCGACUGUGAACUCACCCGUUCCUCUGAGAGAUUUUGA